AUGCAAGACUUCCAUCCACCUACCAUCACAGUCACCUGGGAGGCUGAUGGCACCACUAUCUCUACCAGUGUGGAGACAACCAAGCCGAUUAAGCACAACGACAAGUACAUGGCUAGCAGUUACCUGACAGUGGAUCCUGCAAAGUGGGAAAGUCAUCAGAGUUUCUCCUGCAAGGUGACGCAUGAAAGGUCCGACUACGUGAAGAGUAUUCUAUGGAAAAUGAUUCUUCAGAGCAAGUGCAACAGUUGUCUCUUCCUAUAUGGAAUGUGUGCCAAGGGCCUCUCUCUGUUAGGAGGUACUGUUGGGUUUUUGUACAGCUUCGUGUCACUGUGGUAUGUCUUCGGAGGAGGGACCACCCUGACCGUCUCUGGUCAGCCACCAUCCCCGCCCAUAGUGCACCUCUUCCCUCCAUCCACAGAAGAGAAGGAGAGCAAAAACAAGGCCACCCUGGUCUGUUUGAUGCAAGACUUCCAUCCACCUGCCAUCACAGUCACCUGGGAGGCUGAUGGCACCACUAUCUCUACCGGUGUGGAGACGACCAAGCCAAUUAAGCACAACGACAAGUACAUGGCCAGCAGUUACCUGAUGGUGGAUCCUGCAAAAUGGGAAAGUCAUCAGAGUUUCUCCUGCAAGGUGACGCAUGAAAGGUCCGACUACGUGAAGAGUGUGAGCCAUUCACAAUGUCCUUAACCCUCUCCUGCCCACAGAGCUUUGCUGUGUCUGGAUCUCAGCUGUGUAAGGAGAAAAACAUCAGAUGGACUGUGCAACUGGCUCUUUCUCUCUUGCCCCACCCCCCAACUUUUUCUUCUGUACUCCCCACAAUUUUCACACACUUUCCCUUUCCCCCCAGCUUCAUAGGCACGUUUGUUAGUUCUAAUGAAUAAUAAAACCAGAAUCAUGCAAUUUUGCUGUCUCUGUAUAGAUUUUCUCUAGUGGAAAUUUUAAAAACAAUUGUUAGCUGACCUCUUUUAGUCAAUAAAAGAAGACAAUGCUUGAUCAUGUCA